AUUUAUACCUACUCCCUUCCCCUUACAACUUCUCAGCUAGCUAGCCACCUCAGCGGGAGCAAGGUGCUUGCCUUUCCCCUGCCAGUAGCCAAGGGAGUCUUCGCCGUCGCCGGGUCCGUUUGCGCGAAGCAGGCGACAUGUCUGACAACAAGAAGCAAAGGGUGGGUACCAGAUAGAGUUAAAGUACAGGACAAAACAUCUGUACCUGGAAAUGUCCUCAUUUAGCACAGAAUGCUGGGAAUUCCCUGCCACGGAGUUACUGUGGUCCAGAAUACAGCAUGUAAAGAGCAGAGAGCAAGAGCCAAAGCACAGGAAGCAAGAGGUGGUUACAGGAGAUGGAAUGCCCACAACACAGAGGGCAAAGAAAAAGAAUCUCCACAGGUCAACCAAUGUGGUAUACCAAGCUCAUCACGUUAGCAGGAGUAAGAGAGGACAAGUUGUGGGAUCGAGAGGUGGAUUUCGAGGCUGUACAGUGUGGCUAACAGGACUUUCCGGUGCUGGCAAGACAACCAUUGGGUUUGCGCUUGAGGAGUACCUUAUGUCUCACGGCAUCCCUUGCUAUUCCCUUGAUGGGGACAACAUCCGUCAUGGUCUCAACAAAAACCUUGGUUUCUCUGCUGAUGACCGAGAAGAAAACAUCCGCCGUGUUGCCGAAGUCGCGAGGUUGUUUGCAGAUGCUGGCCUGGUUUGCAUAACUAGCUUCAUUUCUCCAUUCACAAAGGAUCGUCAGAAUGCGCGGAAGAUUCAUGAGAUGGCUGGGCUUCCUUUUUUUGAAGUCUUUGUGGAUGCUCCUCUGAAUAUCUGUGAGAGCAGGGAUGUGAAAGGCCUUUACAAAAAGGCAAGAGCUGGAGAAAUCAAAGGAUUCACUGGAAUUGACUCAGAAUAUGAGAAACCAGAAGCGCCUGAACUUGUGCUGAAAACCAAUGUAUCUUCUGUGACUGAAUGUAUCCAGCAGAUUGUGGAGCUCUUGCAAGAACAGAACAUUGUUCCUCCAACUGCAAUCAAAGAUGUCCUUGAACUGUUUGUACCUGAAAAUAAGGUUGAACAAGCUUGGGUUGAAGCAAAUACACUCCCUUCUGUAAAGAUUACCAAGUUGGAUCUACAGUGGGUUCAAGUCCUAAGUGAAGGUUGGGCCACCCCACUGAAAGGGUUUAUGCGGGAGAAAGAAUACUUGCAAGUUAUCCAUUUUGGCACCUUGCUUGAUGGAAGGGGUAGAGUUGAUAUAUCCGAGUUGGAUGGUAUUAUUAACCUGACCAUUCCCAUUGUACUUCCAAUAUCUACGGAAGACAAGAAACAUCUGGAAGGUUGCAAUGCAUUUACACUGGAGUACAAUGGGCGGAGGGUGGCAAUACUCAGAAAUCCAGAAUUUUUUGAGCACAGGAAGGAAGAACGUUGUGCACGUAUUUGGGGGACCACAUGUGCAAAGCACCCACAUGUAAAAAUGGUGAUGGAAAGUGGUGAUUGGUUGGCUGGGGGAGACCUCCUUGUGCUAGAGAAAAUAAAGUGGAAUGAUGGGCUGGACCAAUACCGCUUGACACCCUUAGAGCUGAGACAGAAGUUUACAGAAAUGAAUGCUGAUGCAGUGUUUGCUUUUCAGCUGCGCAACCCUGUGCACAAUGGACACGCUCUGCUGAUGCAGGAUACCAAACGCCGCCUGCUUGAAAGGGGCUAUAAGCAUCCUGUGCUGCUCUUGCAUCCUCUUGGGGGAUGGACCAAGGAUGACGAUGUGCCUCUCGAGUGGCGCAUGAAGCAGCAUGCUGCAGUGCUGGAGGAAAAUGUCCUGGAUCCCAAGGCCACUGUUGUAGCCAUUUUCCCUUCUCCAAUGUUGUAUGCUGGACCCACAGAGGUCCAGUGGCACUGCAGGGCUCGAAUGAUUGCUGGAGCCAAUUUUUACAUUGUGGGUCGAGACCCGGCAGGUAUGCCCCACCCAGAGACCAAGAAAGAUCUGUAUGAACCCACACAAGGUGCAAAGGUGCUCAGUAUGGCUCCGGGACUGACCUCUGUGGAAAUCAUUCCCUUCCGAGUAGCAGCGUAUAGCAAAGUACAAAAGGCAAUGGUCUUCUAUGAUCCAGACAGGCACAAUGAAUUUGACUUCAUUUCCGGGACACGCAUGAGGAAGCUGGCUCGUGAAGGUGAAAGUCCCCCUGAUGGAUUCAUGGCACCAAAAGCAUGGAAAGUGUUGACCGAAUACUACCAAUCCCUGGGAAAAAACAAUUAAUUCUGCUUUUACCCAAAAGUGCCUUUGUUUUAAAGAUGAGCUCCUCCAAUUGAUAUGCAUGCUAUUAUACUUCAUCUACUUUGAAUUUUUCUACUCUAUUUGUGGGCAUUUUCUUCCUUGGCCAAGCAUUGUUUUGACUGAGCUUUUCCCCUCUGAAGUUAUUAGGAAAUUUCCUCUUAAUUUCAAAAGAAAGCCAUAGAAGAGAUUUUAUAGUACAUAUGGAGAGUCCAAAGCCAUAUACUGAAUUAUCACCGUUUUUUGGAAGAGAAUUGUGCAGCUGAAAAUCUUGGGAGUUAUUUAUCUGUUCUUCUUUGAUGCUUUUAAUUAACUGUAUUGAGCAAAUUAGGAUAAAGUAUGACCUCUCUUCCUCCUCUUCCCCCUGAGCAGCAGCAAAUUGAAAGUGUCGCUUCUGCCUCACUCUGUCAUGGCCUUUCAUUUCUCUUUGAAAGGUUUGAUGAGAUGUUGUUCAGAAAACAUUGGUAUCCUGAAUUAUGAACAGUUCUUAGUAAGGCAGGAACUCGUAAUUCCAUAUCAACUUUCUCUCAUGAUCUCAAACUGAUUUGAAAACUGUUCCAGGAAAUUUGGGGAUUCCUGGAAGGUUUAUCAGUAAAGUGGCAGUGCCAGCUGAGGACAAUUUGCUGAUGCAGGCAGAACAGCAAAUGGUGCACUGCCCUCUGGUUCAUUGUACACAGUAACCAAGGCCAGUCAAGUUAUUUUGGCAUCUGAGAAAGAAAAUCUACUUGCAUCUUUCCUUUAACCUGGCAAUAAAAACAUAAUAAUUAAAUAAUAAUAAUAAAAAAACAAUUAAAUAACUCACAAUUUGCUUCAUGACACCCAAAAUGAGCUAGCUGAGGCUACUACCUCAGUCCCUGAAAGCCAAGCCCUCCACUACCCGUCUUCCCCUGUAAUCUGGAUUUAUGGAAGAGGUUUGGAUGGGUUCUAAAUUAUACUUGUGGUUCGAACAGUACAAAAAUGAGCCCCAGAAGGCCUCGUCAUUAUCCCACAGGAGCUGAAUAUACACUGUAGAAUAUGUCCCAGAAUCCUUUGUGGCACACUAGUGUUUCAUGAGAGACAAGUUCAUCUGGAAAAGGCAGAAAGUGUGACAACCCCUGGUUCAGACAGCCACUGAUUUCUUGUCAGUGGUAAAUUAUUAAAUUGAAGUGAACUGAACAUGAGGGUGAGAGGCCCCCCCCAAAAUGUCUUGCCUGUUUCACAUUAGGGUACAUGUAAAAAAAAACCAGGCAGCUUAUUUCUGCUUAGCUUUCUACCUUCCAGUUAAAAUGAGUUCUUCAUGCUGGAAAUCAAAUUCAUCUUCCUGAAUGGAGAACCUGUCCAUAGGAAGGAAUUAGAGACAGUAUGGAUGAGGGAAAGAAAUUCACGUGUGAAUGUGGGAGAGGGGGAGAGAUGGAGAAUUAUUCAGGAUACAGGCAUCUUCUAUCUCAGAAAGCCUUUGCUUCCUUAAUCUUUGUCUGACUCAGUUCUUGUAGUUUAAAAUCUUAUUUUUCUGCACAAUCAUGAGCAUGUAAACAUCUUAACAAAAUGAAAACUGAGGUUUUGGUGAAUCCAAAUGUUGGCCUGUGCUUCAGACUCUGCACUUGAUAGUAUGUGCAGAAAAUACCUUUUAGCAGUAAUCUUUCCCAGACUACUGGUACGGUUAACAGUUAAUUGACAACAUUCCCUUUCUGUCUUAUUACCUCAAAUAUGAGUGCUAAUGUAAGUUUUAUCAUAGCAUGCCCUUGUGGCUUUUGACUGCUGUUUUAGCAAUCACUGAGCAGUAAUACUGCUAAACUGGUGACAUGUAGUGGCCAAGGGUGAAUUAUGAACUGGGAAGUUCCCCAAGUCUUGUCUUAAACUACAGUUAUUCCUAUAGGGAAGGGCUGUAGAUCAGUGGCAGAGCAUCUGCUUUGCAUGCAGAAGGCCGUAGGCUCAUUCCCCGACAUCUCCUGGUAGAGCUGAGAAAUUUAGUGAGCUUUAGCAUUAAAAAAGCAUGACAAGAUGGAGGACUGCUUUGAUAUAUUUCCUCCCAUCAGUCUUUAUUGCUGUAGUUAAAAUCAAUAAAAGGUGCUUGAAGUCUAACACAAAGUUAGGCAUGAGAGCUAGCACACUGAAACCAAUGCAGUUAAGUCCACUUUCAGGAUUAUAACCAGGGUAUUUUCACAUGCUAUUUAAAAGUAUCUUAACAGUGCAUUCCUAUGCAUGUUUACACAGAAAUAAAUAUAAUUAAGUUCAGUGCACCUUGCUCCCAGGUACAGAAUUGCAGCUUUUUUCUCUUUUACACAUCUGAAUGUUGCUAAUGUGGAAUACAAAGAGAAAUGUAUUCUACAUCCCAUGCAGAGUUUUCAGUUUACAGAUUUGGAAACUGUAUUGUGUUUGGUCAUGUAAAAACAUCUGUAGGUUUAGGAGAGCUGGCAAUUGGAAUUGGAUAUUUUUCCUGAAUUGGAAGAUGCCCAUAUAUUGACCAUUGAGAGGACAGCUGAUCGGCAAAAUUCACAACCUGGCAGUAAUAGCAGUAGCUGGAUUUAAGACAACAUAAUCCCAUUGAAGUCAGUGGCAUCAGUGAAUUGUACAUAGGAUAUGAUUUUGAGCACAGAAAUAGAACUGUAUACAUGGAUGCUGUAAAAGUUAAUAAUAAUAUUGUACUGCCUUCAAGUCGAUUCUGACUUAUGGCGACCCUAUGAAUAGGGUUUUCAUGAGGCUGAGAGGCAAUGACUGGCCCAAGGUUACCCAGUGAGCUUCAUGGCUAUGUGGGGAUUCAAAUCCUGGUCUCCCAGGUCGUAGUCCGAUACCUUAACCACUACACCACACUGGCUAUUUUACAAGUGAAUGGCAAUAUACAGGGCUAAGCCCUUCUCCCAUGCAAGUAGAGUGCACAUGUGGAACUCCCUCUUUCCACUCUUCCUCUGAUAGUCUCCCUCCCAUAUGUGGAAAGGUAGGCCAGCCCAACAGAGUUCCUAGGCCAGGGCAUGGACUGGAUUGUGACCAGAACUUGACCAAGCACUUAAAUACAAACUGCAAACUUAAAAAAAAAAUCUGGCUUUCCCUCUGCCUUGUCCAGGAAUAAUUUUGUUAAAAUAUUGUGAAAUAUGCUUAUUUUCUGCAGUAAUUAUGCAACAAAGAUAUUGUUACAGUCUCAAAAAUGUAUUUGAGAAUGCUUUUUCAAUGUUUCUAGUUCUGUUUUUGAAUCCUUAGGACAAAAAACCUAAAAAUAUAGGGCUGCAUCUAAUUAAUACUGUUAACGCAAAUACUUCUGCUUGUGCAACAGAACUUUCCCCUUUCUCCUCCAUGCGGGUUUAGUGGGAGGGGAAGUUCCAUUGCGCAAGUGAAGUUGUGCUAACAGGACAACCCCUAUAUUCUCAUGCCUUGUGUGAAAUGAGUGCAGCCCCUGGGCAGAAAACAACUACUACUCUUGGUGUACAAGAGACUUGCAUGGAAUCUUCUGAAGAGAUUGAAAUUAAAGAGAUUGAAAAUCAGCAGUGCUUACUGGAUGGUCCCAUUGCAACAUUGCAGGCUAAUGUAUAUUAGCAAUAAUGCAUUUUAUAUCAAAGCCCACUGGAAAGGAACUUGAAGUUAGAAGUGAUCUUGCCAUUUUGUAAUUUAAUUGAUAUUUUAAAGAGUAUUGAUAUAUUUUCUUUUCACUUUUUAACCAUAUAAUACUGUCCAUUAUCACCAGUCUAAAUGCAUAUGAGAUAUUACUCCUUUUAAAUUGUUAAAGUAGUAUAUAUUCUCUAUUUUAUAACAUAUUUAUUACAGACGUGAAACUGGAAUGUAUGCAUUAACUGAUACAUAUCUUAAUUAAAAUGUCUUCUGAAUUUGA